UGUCUGAUCUAUGAACAAGGGUCGCUAUAUGAACUAAGCACAAAGAGUUCAAUAGUUAUAAAACUUCUAAAGUAUACAACCACCCAUAAAACAUAAACACAGUUUCCUCUGUGCAGUUCAGGAGUAUAUUGUACUUUGAGGUGACUUGUAUAAGGCUAAGUUUUGUAUGCAUCGUCUCAUACGUUCAGAAUAUCAUCUUUUUUUCUAGUGUAUUCUCUAUUCAAUCAAGUUCUCAUUUAGUUACGAUUUCAUAAUGACGAAGCACACAAAUGAGUUUAGCGCCUGGGAUUAUGUAGUGUUUUCUCUGAUGUUAUGUGUGUCCGCUGGAAUUGGUGUUUACCAUGCAUUAUGUGGAGGACGACAAUCGACAUCGAAUGAGUAUCUGAUGGCAGAUCGACAGAUGAGUGCCUUCCCUGUUGGUCUGUCACUUUUAGCCAGUUUUAUGUCCGCUAUUACAGUUCUUGGUACCCCUGCGGAAAUCUACAAUUAUGGGACCAUGUUCUGGUGGUUUGGUCUUACGUAUUUAUUCGUCUGUCUUGGUGCUGCUCACUUGUUUCUACCAAUUUUCUACAAACUUCAACUUACAAGUGCAUAUGAGUACCUUGAAAAACGCUUCAAUCGAGCUGUUAGGCUUUGUGGUACGUUCACUUUCUUCGCCCAAAUGCUCCUGUAUUUAGGGAUUGUCAUUUAUGCCCCUGCUUUGGCGCUUAAUCAAGUCACUGGCUUUACGCUGUGGGGCGCUGUUUGGGCUUGCGGCAUAGUCUGUACCUUCUAUUGUACUGUUGGUGGACUUAAAGCGGUCAUAUGGACUGACGUAUUCCAAGUUAGCGUAAUGAUUGCUGGUUUUAUUGCCGUUAUAAUAAAAGGAUCGAUUGAUAUGGGAGGCUUUAGUAACGUAUGGGAUAUCGCCAACAAAGGAGGGCGCAUCGAAUUCGUUGAUUUCCGAGUGGACCCUCGGGUACGUCAUUCUUUCUGGUCAAUAUGCAUUGGGGGAUUUUUUACGUGGAUUGCCAUAUAUGGAGUCAACCAAUCACAGGUUCAACGCUAUCUCAGUUGCAAAACCAUGAAAGAUGCACAAAUAGCUUUGUAUUUCAAUAUUCUUGGGUUAUUUAUCAUUGUUUCACUGGCGUCUAUGUGUGGUUUGGUAAUGUAUGCAAUAUAUGAAGACUGUGACCCGUACACUGCAGGGUAUGUCAGCCAAACUGACCAGUUGAUGCCUUAUCUCGUUAUGGACAUUUUAGCUGCAUUUCCGGGGAUACCUGGUCUAUUUGUAGCAGCGAUGUUUAGUGGCGCCUUAAGCACUGUGUCCUCUGGACUGAAUUCGCUGGCAGCUGUUCUAGGAGAAGACGUUAUUAAACCAGUAUUUAAACCCACCGAGGAGAGAUACACGAAGAUCAGUAAAGUAGUAGUAUGUUCGUUUGGUUUGGUGUGCAUUGGCAUGGCGUACGUUGCUUCUCAACUUGGUGAUGUUCUUCAGGCGGCUCUCAGCAUAUUCGGAAUGAUCGGUGGACCUUUACUUGGCUUAUUCAUGCUGGGAAUGUUUUUUCCAUGGACAAACUCAAUCGGGGCAGUUUGCGGGUUAUUCAGUGGUUUGGGAUUCUCCUUUUGGGUCGGAAUUGGCGCACAAUUCUACCCACCUGAAGCACAAUGGUUGAACAAGAAGGAUCUCUCUACGGAGUUAUGUAACGAUAGUUUUACAACGCUGUCACCGUUUGCAACUACGAUGAUGCCAACAACAGAGGAGCCAUAUUCAAACUUGGCUGAAACCUGGUACGCCAUGAGCUACUUGUGGUAUAGUGGGGUUGCGGUUUUAUCAACCGUUUUCUUUGGACUCUUAGCAAGUUUCAUAUCAGGAGCGCGUGAUCCAUCCGAGUUAGACCCUGAACUUAUCACGCCUUUAAGCGAUAUCCUGUUUUGCUGUUUUCCGUCAAGAUGUCGUAAGGCAUUACGAUGUGGUGUACUCUACGACGACACUACCGAGAACGCGACGUCAUUGGAUUAUGUUGAUACUAAUGGAUCGAAAAAGACCAUGGAAAGUCAACAUUACCAAAACGGAACGUAUGAGACCGCUAUGGUUGUGAAGUCAUUUCCAGACUCUAAUCAAGCACAAAAGACGGAUAACAAUGGGUUUGACAACGUUGGAUUCGAUUAGCAAAAAUGCGGAUUAUAAUGGUUACCAACAAAUUGAAAAGAAAGAGUAUUGUAUAAAGUGUUAUCGAAGUUGUUUAAGUUGUUUUAUAUUUGUUCGCAAACAAUAUUUUCGCUUCUGUCAGAAUACAAUGACUUUGUGACGACGCAUUACUUUUGUGUUGUGUAUUAAGUGUUCAAGCCCAACCAAAGGUGAUUCACUUCAGUUUAUUUAGACUGAGUAGGCCUAGAUAAUGAAACAGUUAAGCGCACCUUAAGUGCAUUACAGUAGUACACUCCUCAAGCACAAUGCGUAUAUAUUUUAAUGAAUUUUUCAGUGUAACAAAAAUGAUCAACAUGUUGGGAUGGAACAUUUUGAAAAAGACAUUUGACCAUAUGCAGAACAAUAACUUUCUCUUCCUGCAGAAGUGAACAAGCUCGAAUUCCAUCGAGCUCUUUUAGUUCUGCGCCUUCAAUUAAGGAGCAGCUUCUGAUUCGAGUUUAGUUAUUCUAGAAGUUUGUCUCUAUUUAUAAACGAAUAGAAGUAUCUCAGUAUCUGUCAACCAGGAGUAUAAAUGAACACCGUACCUGGUAUAAUCUUAAAUUAUGGCAUUCGAUUUAAGCUGAUCACCUUCACCAAUGCUGGGACUGAGGUUGGUGUUAACACUGAGCCGUGUGCAGUGGAUGACUAAAGCCAGGCACCCACACUGCGUGCCCGAGGGUCGUCGCUGACGCGAUUCAAUGGAGUACGCAGCGGCAUAAUGGAUCGGUUUUAAUGACGAUCCGUUCAGACUGUCAUCAUCGACAAUCAACAUGCGGCGUCGCGUCGUCUAACGUCCACAUGGAACGAAGUUGGAUUCGACCGUCGUACGAUGCAGUGAAUACCCUACUUAAGAGAUAGCUGAGAAUUGAAGGUUUGCCAAGUGCUUUGGCAAAAUGCGCAGUACAGAUGUUUGUAUUAUUUGUAAGAAAGCAAGUAAUAAUCAAUAGGCGUGUUAAAUUAACAGGCAAUUAAUGUGGUUUCAACAAACAUGUAUGUCCCAACCUUAAGUUCCAGAUCUUUAUGGACGACGGACAGUAGGCCUAUAUGAAUGCCGCAUUUAUGGUUAACAAAAAAGAUAAAUACGUACGCACAAACACCCUUUUGCUUUUGUGGCAACAAAAGUAGAUGAUCAGAAGCCUUCAUUAAUAAAUGUUUCCCGUAAAAAGUAAAUAUAGUAAGCUGUGGUUGAUGGGUUCCUCAAUUUGCUUAAUCAAUUAUUUUUUUCCGGACACCAUUGGAAACAAACCUUCUAUUUGAAAGGGUCAUCCAAUGCUUCCUCUUCACUUUUCUUUUGCUUUUAGGUAUGGUUCCUUGUUUGAUACGGUGAUUUUUUCUUUAUGUUUUUUAAGUUUAAAACUGUGCCUUUCGUUUCCUUAUUUUUUUUUUCGUGAACUGUCUGAUUUCUCUUUAACUUUUUGAUGUUGCCCUUUGUCUUUUUGAAUGGUUUUAUUUUUGUAUGUAAAUUUUUACUGUUAUUUCCUAUUUCUUUUGAUGUAGUUUUUAUUGUUAAAUGGGCUUCUUUGUACUACGAGCAUGACAUAAAAAUAAACAAAUAAUUCUAAAUUUGAAAA